GCCAGAUGCUGCCGUCGGCCGACCGGCUGGCCCUUGCCCGGCUAGACGAGGGACCUCUCGAGGCGAAGGUCCUCCUGAAUGCCGCCUCCGCUUUCAUGGGCCUCUGCGAGCACCUCCGAAGGGUGGAUCAAAUGAGGGAGGCCAAGGGUGCCGUCGAGGAGGAGGCUGCCCUCCUCAGGAAGAAACUCGCUGAAGCCGAGGACUCUCUACGGCUGGCCAUCGAUGGCGUGGAGCAGAGGUUGCAGGCAGCAAGGGCCGAAGGGGUCAAUGAGGGGCUAGCCAGGGCCGGGGAGGCCGCCGCUGAGGCCGCCCGUAUCGCUGCCGAUGAAGCCCGCGCGGCUCAAGAAGAGGCCGUCUCCAAGGCCCGAGAGGAUGCGGUGGCCAGCUUCGUGGCCGAGGGGUGGAAGGCCGAAGACCGGAGGGAGUGGCUGGCUUCGGUGGUGGGGGCUUCAGUAGAUGAGUGGGUCGGGGCCCCCGGGAAGAUGUGGCUUGCUGAGAGGGGCGACUCGUACUACCAAGGCGGGGAGUUCUUCACCCAACGCCUCAUCUACCGGAAGCUUGCGAAGCACUUCCAGGUGGCACCGGAGGAGUUCCGUCCCGAGGCUUAUGGCCUCCCCCCCGCCAGCCAGAUGUCAGGAUCCCGCUCCCCGAGGGGGAAGAGAGACCGGUUCUUGAAGACUCGGAGACCCUCCGGGAGUGCGGCCUUGGUGGUGAAGAGGAUGAAGCCGAGAGUGAGGCGAUAUCUACAGUUCCCCCCUCUUAAAUUAUACUUCCCCCUUUUGGUGUUGUAAUUUGUUGGCCUCGGCCCCCUUUGUAAAGCACAAUCAAACUACUUUUUUCUUUGUUGAAUGAAUGAGUACACACGCCCUCGGGCCCCUGUUAUACAAUCUGUU